ACGACAACAACAACAAUUUUAACGAUGAAAGAGAAAUCAAAAAAUGCAGCUCGCUCAAGACGCGAGAAAGAGAAUGCUGAAUUUUUGGAACUAGCCAAAUUAUUACCAUUACCAGCGGCCAUUACAAGCCAAUUGGAUAAAGCAUCAAUUAUACGUUUAACAACAUCAUAUCUAAAAAUGCGUGCCGUAUUUCCCGAUGGAUUAGGUGAUUGUUGGGGUACGAAACCACCGCCACAGAAUCCUUAUGAAUCAUCGAUUCGUGAAUUAGGAUCACAUCUUUUACAAACAUUGGAUGGUUUUGUAUUUGUGGUUGCACCGAAUGGAAAAAUUAUGUACAUCUCAGAAACAGCAUCUGUACAUCUUGGUCUAUCACAAGUUGUUGAAUUAACCGGCAAUAGUAUCUAUGAAUAUAUACAUCCAGCCGAUCAUGAAGAAAUGAAUUCCGUAUUGAAUGCAUGUUCACAUUUUAAUAAAAUACAACAAUCACAUGAAUCGAUUGAUGAAAAUGUAACAACAACAACUACUACUACUACUACUGUGGAGAAAGGACAGAAUUUUACCGAAGCAACCGGAAUAUUCAGUAACUAUUUUCAGCAACAACAACAACAACAACAACCACAAAAUCAAAAUUCCAAUAGUUUUAUUCAUCAAAAUAAUAAUACAGAAACAUUUCAUAAUAGUAGUGAUUUUAUUCCCAAAGAUCAAUUAAGUUGUAGUAAUAAAUCAUGGACAAGUGCAGAUAAUAGUAAUAGUUCAAUUUGUAAUUAUAUUAAAUCAUCACAAUCAUCAGCUAGCUGUUUUGAUAUUAUUGGUAAUGAUAAUAAUAAUUUUACCGAUGAUAAUAAUCUAUCAACAACAUAUUGUUCAACACGUAAAAAAUGUAAACGUGAACAAAUGGAUAAUAAUAAUAACAAUGGUAAUUGUAAUGAAGUUUUAGAUGAAAUGAUUAAUCGAUCACCAGAUAUGGAUGUAAUCAAACAUAAUCAGCAAUCAAAAUAUUAUACUAAACAACGUGCAAUGAUUUCUGAAUUAGAUUUUUCACAUCAUCAUAAUAAUCAAGAACAAUCGUCUAAUACUUCCAAUUAUUAUUAUACAUUCAAUGAAGUGGAAAAAUCAUUUUUUCUUCGUAUGAAAUGUGUAUUAGCUAAACGUAAUGCUGGUCUUACAUCUGGUGGUUAUAAAGUGAUUCAUUGUAGUGGUUAUGUUAAAAUUCGUCAACAACAUUCCACUGGUGAUCAUCAUCAAACCAUAAUAACGGCAGAUGAUUCAGCUAAUGCAAUAACAUCUGAUCAUCAUCAUCAUCAACAACAACAUUGUUGCCAAAAUCUUGGACUUGUUGCCGUUGGACAUUCAUUACCGCCAAGUGCAAUCACUGAAAUUAAAAUGUAUAACAAUAUGUUUAUGUUUCGUGCUAGUCUUGAUUUGAAAUUGAUUUUUCUUGAUGCAAAAGUUUCACAAUUAACCGGUUAUGAACCACAAGAUUUAAUCGAAAAAACUUUAUAUCAUUAUAUUCAUGGUAGUGAUGUGGAAAAUAUGCGCAUUUCACAUCAAACAUUAUUAAACAAAGGACAAGUAACAACCAAAUAUUAUCGUUUUAUGGCCAAACCAUAUGGUUGGAUUUGGAUGCAAUCAUAUGCAACUAUUGUACAUAAUAGCCGUUCAUCAAGACCACAUUGUAUUGUUAGUGUUAAUUAUGUUCUAAGCCAAGCUGAAUGUAUUGAACAUCAACUGUUAAUUGACCAAAUGUUAACCCCAUGUAAUAAUAGCCAUAUUCAACAAAAUAAUUCAAUGAUGACCACCAUCAAUCCAUUGUCAUCAUCAUUAUCUUCUACAUUGUCGUCAUCAUCAUCAUCAUCAUCAUCUUCAUUAUCAUCAUCAUCAUCAUCAUCAUCAUCAUCAUCAUCAUCUAUAUUAUCAACUUCGGCAUUGAUACAUGAAGCCGAAAAUUCAAUGGAUAUUAUGACUAAUAAUUCUGAUGAAACUGAUCACAAUGAUCAUAUGGGUAAAUCGUCGAUGAUCAUCAAUAAUGUAACAUCGGCACAAAAAUUAGCCAUUAUUGAUCAAUCAUUAUCAUCAAUAGCAACGACAACAACAGCAGUGACAACAGCUACAACACAUAAAUCGACAAUAACAAAAAUGAUGAAUGAAAAAGUAACGAAAAAGAAAAAUAAAUCUAAUAAACACAAACAGCAACAACAAAAAAAUAUUGCCAUAAAGCAUGACAGUUCGAUACAUAUCGAUGGCCAUACAAUCAACAACAUCAAUAAUAAUAACAGCUUUAGUUUCAAUGAUGAUGGUGAUUUAUCCACGAUGAUUACACCUACUUAUGAUACAAACAAUAACAAUAAUAUCAAUCACAGUAUUAAUAGCUACUUAUCUACCGUUACAAAAUCAUCGGCGAUACUGGAUCCACAUUCUCAUCAUCAUCAUCAUCAUAAUGAUACGAUGAUGAUUUAUGGUACAUCGAAUUCAAUACCUAUGGUCAAUAAUUCCUUCCAUUCUCAUUCUCAUACUCAUCAUAAUUCAUCAAAUAUUUCAUCCACAUAUAACUGGAAUGAUCAUCAACAUCAUCAACCGACAGAAUCAUUGUUGAAUAAUUAUUAUGAUCAUCAUUUGUAUGGCAAUGGAAUUAAUACCGGUUAUAACAAUAUUUAUGAACAAAAUUUUCGACAAAUUGACAAUGAAUCAACAACGAAUAUGGUUAUCAAUGCUAUUAAUAAUAAUGGUGUAAUAUCAUCAUCAUCAUCAUCAUCAGCUGUAGAUCAAUUACAUCCGAUUACAUCCACAUAUAUCGAUGAUAAUAAUGCCUAUACAAUCAAUACCGGUCCAUCAAUUAAUAUGAAUGAUCCUUCCACUAAUACAUUGGUUGAUUUUCAAUUAUCCAAUACAAAUGACACUCAUUACCAACAACAACAACAACAGCAUCAUCAUCAUCAUCAUUUGUCCAAUAAUAUAGAUGCUAUGCAUUUAUUAAUAAAUGACGAUAAUGUCAAUGUACCAAAUACAACAACCACAACGACUACAACAACAACAACAACAGCAACAUCGGUAGCAUCGGUAACGACAAAAGCCGUAACAAUAUCACCAUCAUCAAUUGAUCCAUCGAUAACGAAUAAUAGCCAAUAUAAUAUGACAAUGUUUGAUUCGAAUACCUAUCUUAAUCUAAUCGAUGAUUGUGGUAAUGGAAACAAUAAUAUUGCCUAUUGUAAUAACAAUAAUAACAAUGACAAUAUUAUAAUGGCAACUAAAGAACCAACAUCAUCAACAAUCGUCAUCUAG